AUGCCUAAAAGAAGAAAUAGUUUUGACGACUACGAGCAGGACGACGACUACGAGGAGCCGGUGCGCAAGUCGCGACGGGUGCAGACGGCUGGGACAGACGACGUGUCGGAGGACUCUGGGUCGGAGUUCGAGUCGGAUUCGCCAACCCAAAUACCUAAUUCUCGCGACGACCUGACGUCCAGACUGUCUAUCCGCGAACAACGAGUCGAAAAGCUGGUCAAUGCGUUUGUCAGGGCCCUUCUUCCGUUGGAACACAAACACCAGGUCUUAAACAAAGGGCUGGUUGCCAAGAUCAUGGAAAUGGAAGACGAAAAGGGCCAUGGAGUCCAGUUCAAGAAACAUCUGCUGCCAGGAAUCAGAUCAACGCUUGAACGCGUGUUUGGACUCGAACUCAUCGAAUUGCCUCCCAAAAAGGGCUCCAAAUCAUCAUCUUCCGAUGACUACAUCCUGGUCAAUAAAUUGUCUUCUACUUUGAAAGACGAAAUAUACAAGUAUUUCCAAACGCAAUCUCGUGCGAUCUCGUCGUUGGCAGACCUCAAAGAAUCAUCCUCGUCCUCCUCGUCACUAAUGAAAACAGGUGCAACUCUGCCCAAACCCGUCAACGAACUCAUAGGCCAGGGAUUCAAAAUGCUAAUCAUAGCCAUCAUUUUGUUGAACGAUAAUAAUAUCAACAAACAGGACCUGCUUAACAUCCUCAAGACAAAAUUCCAACUCAACUUCAAAGAAACAAAGUCGGUCGGUUUAUUGGGAAUGACAGUGCCCGAGUUUCUGUAUCUGCUGGUCAAACAAGAAUAUCUCGAGCAAUUGGACGUUUCCCAAACCAGCUCCAAAAAUAAACGACGCACAGUCAUCUCCAAUAAGUCAACUGACGAUAACAUGCUCAUCUAUUCGAUCGGCCGUCGAUCCAUCGCAGAACUCGACCAGGACAACUUCAUCGAUUUCCUUAAAAAAAUGUACCCAAAUUGGAACGAAGAAUUGGAAAAGAGCGCACUCUAUACUUUAAACAACGUUUGGAAACCUCAACAGGAGGACGCUGAUCAAUCUGCAUAG